UUAAACAACUGCACAACCGUUUUUUACGCAUUUAGAUGAGGAUUCUCAGAUUAUCUUCUAAAUAACCAAAAAGAACAAUCCAAACGAUAACAUUUGUAGGAAGCAAAUAAUCGAUAUUUUCUAUGCGCCGAUGUUUUUUCGAAAUUCCUAUUAAAUGUUUGUCGUUUUGCGAAGGUCAUUAUUUAACAAUUGCAAACAAAAUCUAAUUUGCAAAUCAUUUGCCGGUAGGGAAAGUUCGCGAACAACAGCACAGCAAAAUCGCAGUCGAUUGUUAUUAGCAAAUAAGUGGACAACAAAUUACAGCACUUCUUGCAACAUGUCAAAAUCAGCGCUAGUUAUCCUCGCACCCGGCGCUGAGGAGAUGGAAUUUGUAAUAGCCGCUGACGUUUUGCGGCGUGCCGGGAUUAAGGUUACCAUUGCCGGUCUGCUCAGUGCGGACGCAGUAAAAUGCUCGCGUGACGUUUGCAUUGUACCUGACACAUCGUUGGAGUUGGCAAAGGGCGGCAUAUUCGAUGCAAUUGUUCUGCCUGGUGGCUUGGGUGGCGCUAAGGCUAUGUCGGAGAAUGCAGCUCUGGGUGCACUGCUCAAAGAACAAGAAGCUGCUGGACGUAUUGUGGCAGCCAUUUGCGCUGCGCCCACGGCGCUUCUGGCGCACGGUAUUUGCUCUGGCAAGAGUUUAACUUCGUAUCCCUCUGUAAAGGGGAAACUGGAUGGUACAUACAAAUAUGUUGAUGAU